CAACAUAAGGCAACAACAAGGCUUUAACGUGAUUGGUUAAUAACAUAUAUUGUAUCUUGCAAGAUUGAAAAUAUAAGAUAAGCAAAAGUGUUUUCUUAACUUUUCUACAUACGUCGUUUAAUUAAAGCGAUCAAACUAACAAUAGUUCGACAAUAAAUUGUUUUGAAUAUGUUCAUGUAACUUCUAUAUACUAAAAAUUAACACUGUUUAUACAUAUGUACAUAACCAAGGAAAUGUUCAUUGAUUGAUUAAUACUUAUAAUUAUUAUUUCAAUCAAUGUCUCAACGUUCUAAAGUCAUCCAAUUAUACAAAACGCUCUUAUAUAUGGGUCGCGAUUAUCCAAAAGGUUAUGAUUUUUUCAAAAAAAAUUUAAGAAGAGUUUUUGAAAAAAAUAAAGGAGAACGUGAUUCUGAAAAAAUUGAUAAAAUGUUAGCCCACGGUAACUUUGUUAUCAAAGAAUUAGAGGCUUUAUAUAUGCUACGCAAGUACAGAACUUUAAAGAAAAGUUUACAGGAUUUAUAAAUAUGGCAGUUUGUGUAGCUGUAAUUGGAAAAGAUAAUUCUCCAAAAUACAUUAGGUGUGUAGACGAAUCAUC